GCCGCGGUGGCGGCGGGGCCUGAGGGGCGCCGGGGGUGAGCGGGGCACGGCAGGGCCGGAGGGUCCGGGGCUCCCCGGGCUGGGAUCGGAAUAGGAACGGGGGCUGGGGCUGUAGGGCAGCGGGGUUUGCUCUGGAGCGAAGUUUGGGGCGUCCCCUUAGCUGGAGUGUCUCUAGGAGGGGGAUUUGGGGGUGUUGGAGCUGUGAGGGGAGGGUUUAACCCCACCCCCCCCCCCCUCCCUGUACGAGGUGGGGUUUAAAUCCCUGUAGUUCUAAAAAGGUUUAAACUUUUCCUCGCCCCCUAUUUAGGAUAGUUCUGAAAGGGAGUUUGGAGGGGUUCCCUCCCUGUAAAGGAGUUUUUAUGGGGUUUAAACCCCCCCCCCCAUCCCAUUUAGAGUAACCCUUGUGAGUUUGUAAGGGUUUAAACCCGUAUUUAGUUCAGGGGACUUUGGGGGUUUAAACUCCUUUUUUCCCUUAUUUCAAGUAGCUCUUCCAAGCGGGGUUUGGGGGGUUUAACCAUCCCCCGUUUAGGGUCUGGUGGGAUUUAACAUCCCUUUUCCUGGCAUAACCCUACAAGGAGGAUCUGUGAGUAUUACCUAAAUUAUUUCAGUUGAGGGGGAAGCUGUGGGCUCGCAUCUGGCCAGAUGUUGAUACAGCAGAGCAGGGUUUAGGGGGGGUUUAAACCCCCUUUUAGGACAAGCCUGGCACCCGGAUUAAAGGAGGGGUGACCCAAGAGCAGCUCCAGCCCCCGUCGGCAGCCGGUGGAUGCGCAGCCCCGCAGGAGAUGAUGCCCCCCGAGGAGGAGAGCCCGGACGGGGACGGGGACAGCGACCUCGCCCUCCCGCACGGCCCCAGGAGCGGCAGCGCCCGCAAGCAGGGCUGUGACCCCUUUGCCCAGACCCAGCGCAGCAAACUGCAGCACCGCCGGGCCCGGAUCAACCAGCAGAUCAACAAGGAGAUGAGGAUGAGAGCAGGAGCUGAAAACCUCUUCAGGGCCACCAGCAACCACAAGGUGAAGGAAACAGUGGCUCUGGAGCUGAGCUAUGUCAACUCCAACCUUCAGCUCCUCAAGGAAGAGCUGGAAGAGCUCAACAGCAGCAUGGAUGUGUAUCAGAAUGACAGUGAAUCCAUCAGCGUUCCCAUGAUCCCUCUGGGACUCAAGGAGACCAAGGAGCUGGAUUUGCUGGUACCACUCAAGGAUUUCAUCAGUGACCACUAUGGAGAGGAGGGUGUCCUGUUUGAAAAGGAAAUCAAGGAAUUCAUGGAGCUACGACAGGCCAUGCGCACCCCGAGCCGCAACGAGGCCGGCCUGGAGCUGCUGAUGGAAUAUUACAACCAGCUCUACUUCCUCGACAGCCGCUUCUUCCCUCCCACCAGAACCCUGGGUGUCUUCUUCCACUGGUAUGACUCCCUGACAGGGGUCCCAUCCCACCAGAGGGCUCUGGCCUUCGAGAAGGGAAGUGUGCUCUUCAACCUGGGAGCGCUGCACACCCAGAUCGGAGCGCGGCAGGACCGCGCCUCCCUGCCCGGCCUCAGCCAGGCCAUCGAUGCCUUCCAGAAGGCAGCUGGUGCCUUUAACUACUUGAAGGAAAACUUCUCCAACGCUCCCAGCCUGGACAUGAGUGCAGCCUCCCUGACUAUGCUGGUGAGGCUGAUGGUGGCCCAGGUCCAGGAGUGUGUCUUUGAGAAGAUGACCUUGCUGCGUGCCCAGAAUGACUUCCUGGCCCGCCUGCAGCUGGCUCAGGAGGCAGCAAGGGUGGAAGAUGUUUAUUCCCUGGUGCACCAGACCAUGAGCCAGCCCCAUGUCAAGGAUUAUGUUCCCUUCUCCUGGACCACCAUGGUCCAAGUCAAGUCAGAGCAUUUCAAAGCCCUCUCCCAUUAUUUUGCUGCCAUUGCCCUCUGUGACUGCCCAGCUCCCUCAGAUGCUGAGCUGCUGGAGCAGGAGAAGGCUUUCCUGCAGUUCCAUGUCACCAUGCCAGAGGGGCCAUCACUUCCUGUCCUGCUGCAGGAUCCUGAGGAGAGGAGGAAGCUGGGCAAAGCCCACCUCAGAAAAGCCAUCAUGAGGCACGAGGAGGCCAUGAGGAUCCACGGCUUGUGCAAGAUCCUGAGGAAGAUGGACAUCCUGCAGGAGGUCCUGUCCUUCGCCCACAAACGCUCCCUCAGCAAAUACUCCGAGAUCGACCACGAGGAGGAUUUCUUUGAGACGGGAGAGGCUCCGGACAUCCAUCCCAAAACGCACCAGAAACCAGAAAUCAAAUCUCCCAACUUCUCCCAGGUGAAGGUGACUGACCUCUUCCACAGGCUGGGCCCCCUUUCCGUGUUCUCAGCCAAGAACAAGUGGUACCCAGCUCGGAGAGUCCACCUGAUGAGAGGAGAGAAUGGCUUUGGGUUCACCCUGCGAGGAGACUCCCCUGUCCUCAUUGCUGGGGUCAUCCCAGGGGGCUGUGCUGCUGAAGCUGGGCUGAAGGAGGGGGACUACAUCAUCUCAGUGAAUGGCAAGGACUGCAAGUGGUCCAAGCAUGCUGAGGUUGUCCAGCUGCUGAAGAGCACCGGGAAGGAGGGGGUGGACAUUGGAGUCAUCACCCUGCAGGGCUCAGAAUGCCCCAAAGCUCAGAUGGACAGGAAGGCAGCAGUGAUGUCCUCAGGAUCUGGGAUGCUGAAGAGCAACAAGGAGAACAGCAGGAAGAGCCUGAUGAACAGCAAGAGCGCCAGCACGCUGCUGGUGUGGGGCAAGAAGAGCAAGAGGAGCAAGAAGAGCACCUACAGUGGUGUCCCCUUCAGCAGUGUGGGGGACAAUGAGGCCAUGUACUGACCCUGCUCCCUGCAGCUCCAGGACUGGCUGCCUGGGGAGCCCCCAAGCCUGGCUGGGCUGGGAGGGCUCCCAGAGCCGGGAAUGCGCCGCUGGUCGGAUCCGCGCCGAGAGCUCUCCUGUGCCAGGUUUUGGAAGCCACCCACAGUGAAGUUGUUGUGCUGCUGAAGAUCCUUUUCCCACCCACGUUCAGUGGAUGGGGAAACUCGUGACUCUGGAGCCAGCAUUGCCUCCCCCUCUGCUGACGUGUGCUCAGAUGGGAUCUGUGCUCCAGCAGCAAGAGCCUGCUGCUCCUUCCCUCUUCCCUGAAAUCCACGGAGCUGCAUCUUUCCAGAGAGGUCCUGUAUAGUAAAACAUGGUCCAAACCACAAAAAAGGGGUAAAAAGAGCUUUACCAAGGAAUUGAGGUCUCUCUGUCCAUGCAGAGAGGAGCUCCAGGGGAAUCAGCAAACAAGGAAUGUUUGGAUAUCCUGGGCUGGGACCAGUUCAUGCAGCUCUUGUGAGCAGAGAGGAGGUGGAAAGAGGAUUUUGGGGCUUUUUUAAAAUCACUGAUGAUUUCCAGGGCCUGAAAACCCCAUCCUGGAGAGCCCAGUAAAACCACAGAGAUUCACCCAAAUUUCCUGAUU